CUGAAAGACCCAUGCCGUCCUGGUGUGAGAAAAGCUGUGGAAGCCUGCAAAAAUGCUGGAGUAAGUAUCAAAAUGAUCACAGGAGAUAAUAUUUUUACUGCAAGAGCAAUAGCAACUGAAUGUGGCAUUCUUGAUCCCUAUGAUCCUAAUUUGAACAACGGAGCUGUGGUAGAAGGAGUAGAGUUCAGAAAUUACACUGUGGAGGAGAGGAUGGAAAAGGUUGACAGGAUUUCCGUGAUGGCAAGAUCAUCUCCAUUUGACAAGCUUUUGAUGGUGCAGUGCUUGAAACAAAAAGGACAUGUGGUUGCAGUAACUGGAGAUGGCACAAACGACGCACCAGCUUUAAAAGAGGCUGAUGUCGGACUCUCAAUGGGAAUUCAAGGCACCGAAGUUGCAAAAGAGAGCUCA